AUGAUUUAUUCAAUGGUAGUUAUUAUAAGCUUGUUUGAAAGGGAUGAUGAUGAUGUCAUAAUGGUGGAGUUGAACUUGAAUGCAAGUUGUUGGUGUUCUAGUAACAUUGUUAUUCUCCUCCUCGCAUUAGUAGAUGUUGGAUAUCAUACAUUGAUACCUUCCUAUGUAUUUAGGUUACUUGAAUGGAUAGUACUCUGGGAAUCUUCUAUCUAUGAUCGUUACUUGAUAUGGCAUAGACUACAGAUUCUACAAUCAUUAAACUCCACCAGCAAAGCACUACUCAGUGAUGACGAUGUUUUAUUAAUUAAAUCUUUCGAUACCAGCAAGAGAAUCAAGAAAUUAAUUGAAAUUAUAUUUCAAAAUGUUGUGAUUAGAAACAACAUCUUUGAGUGGACAUCUGUGAUACCCGAGAUGUUGGGAUUAGAGAGUAUCAAGGAAAAAGAUAUCACAUCACUCUAUCAAUGCGUACAGUUUGGUAGAACCGAUCUCUUUAUCAAGUAUCUAACAUCACCUCCUGCGACUAUACUCCACACAUCGUCGUACAACUAUGCAAACAAGGGUUGUGAUGUCACCUGCUUGUUUGGUGAACCAAACAAUAUCAAUGAUCAUCAAAUCUAUCAAUCAUCAUUAUUAGAAGAUAUUAUAACAACCGAUUAUAAAGAAUUUAUUUCACAAACACCAAUAGGAUAUUUAAUUGAUGAAAAACCAAUAUUAUAUAAUGUAUUAAGAUUGGCAACAAAAACAAACAAUGUAAAGGUUGUUGAAUGUAUUUUACAAGAAUAUAAAAGAUUAAAAAGUCGUUAUCAAGUACUUGAAAAAAAAGAAGAUCAUUUUGGAGAAUUAAAGAAUCAUCUAACAAAACGAUUGAUAAACAAUUGGAUUUAUAAAACGAUUGAUCCAAUUAGCGCAGAGAUGAUUAAAAUGAUAAUGAAGGAGAUUGGGUUGGAUAAAAAUAUAGACUUGACAACAACACUACAUUUCUAUCAAAGUGCUCUAAACUCUGGUGAUUUAGAGUUGAUGGUUCAAAUAUAUCCACACAAAAAAAUUGCAGACAAUUUCUAUCGUCCCCACAUCCCAUUGACCGAUCAAGUAUUUAUUAAUAGUUUUAGUAAAUCAGAGGAUUAUUUAGACCCAAUACUAUUACAACAUUGUAAAGAUAGAAUGGGUCCACAAAUGACAAAUUUAGAAAGUUUAGAAACAAUCUUUAGAAAUUUUAAACGUUUUGGAAAGGACAAAUCAAAGGGUGGAAUUGAAUUUUUGGUCGACCUAUGUGGUAUCAUUCAAAAUCUAAGACCAAAUGUAUAUAAUGAAGUUCAACAAUACAUGUAUAAAUAUUGGACCAUUUUGGCUCGAUUUGCAAAUCAUUCGGUAUUGACGGGUAUCAAACAUACCAAAGAUGAUGGAUUUUAUGGUAUUGUGGCGGCCACUGCCAAUAAUACAGAUUAUCUUAGAUAUUGUAUUGAAAAUGGUCAAACUGAUCCAUCUAUUUUUGACAAGGCCAUCAGGGAAGGAUCAAUAGAAUCGGCAGAAUAUUUAUUGCAAGCAUUGUCAAUCAAUUAUUGUACAUCGAUUCAUUCGUCACUAGUAUCGGUCGAAUUGAUUGAAAAAAUCUACCAACAUCCAUCAAUUCAAUCAAAUGUAUUUAGAGUAUUAUUAAAAGAUGUAGUAAAUGUAAAAUCACAACAAAAGAAAAUAGAAAUUUUACAAUAUUUAAUGCAAUUAUUAGUAAAUCAAAGAAAAGAAUUAAAAUUACAAAAAGAUCAAUUAAAACAACAACAAAAAGGAGGAAAAUCAAAUAAUAAUAAUCAAAAUAAUAGUAACAAACCAAUUAAAAGAAUAAUGAUAGAUUUUGAAAUUGGAAUUGUAGAAUCAAUUAUUCAAAAUGAUAGGGAAUCUUUUGAAUUGUUGAUGGAAUAUUUUAAAAUUUUAAAUCCAACAAUUACACCAACCAUCAAAGAAUUACCAUUUAAACCAUUUCUACUACAAACCGAUUAUCAAUUUCAACAAUUGGUUUGUAAUCAAUUUCAAUCAAAUAUGAAACUUGAUAUUACAGAUUUUGAAUUUCAAGGUUAUAAACAAGACGUUAGUCUUUGUGAUCAAAUUAAAGAAUCUAUGGAAUUAUUUUCAAGUUUUGGUCUAUUAAAUGGUUUAAAUCAAAAAGAUGAACCUCUAGAUAAGAAACUUUUACUAGUUCAACUAUUUAUAUUGGGUGGUAAUGAUCCUCAAAUGUGGAAUCAUAUAGAGGUAUUUGAAUCAUUACAAUCAUUUUGGUUUAUCAUUUUAUCGUUGGCAAUCGAAUACAAGAGAACAGAUUUAUUUGUUCAAUUCUGUCAAAAGGCAAAGACAAUCAAUCCAAGGUUUAUUUGGGUGGCACCAGUCUUUAGACACAAUAAUAUAAAAUAUGUACAAUCACUUGUCGAAAAAUUCAAGGAAAAGGAUGAAUUUGUAGAUUCUGAUGUUGAAAAUGCAUUGUUUACCAUUGGAGCACACAAUAUUAUCAAUCCAACAUCAAUAGCCAUCACUGAACAUAUUCUAGAUCAUUAUCCAAAUCCAAAUAUCAGCAAACUAUAUUAUCUUGGAAUGUCAAUUGGUAAUUUGAUAAAAAACAAAUAUUUUCAAUUGGUUUUAAAAAUUUACAACACCUUGCAUUUGGAAUCGAGUUUUAUUUCAAAUCAUAUUACAAAUCAAUCUGGUGAACAUUUAUUAAUGGUAAAUUAUUUAUUAUUUUUAAAUCAAAAAUUAAAUGGUAAAAAUAAUUGUAAUAAUAAUAAUAAUAAUAUGGUAAUCAUCGUAAAAUGA